GAGCUGUCAAUAAUCCUAAAAUUUCGUGUCAGUCAGCUGCGUUUAGUGAAUCGUACGAUUUUCGCAAGUAAAAUUUCAAUGUAUUACUGAUUCCGGCAAGUAUCCUCGAUCGUACCCUUGUUUCUGCACUCAGUUCCCAACAUGUUGCAAUGGCCAAAUUUAGUGGAGCCUUUGAUGUGAAAGAGUCACCGCCUUGGCAAAAUUGCUGCUACUGUAGCGCUUCCUCGCCGUCAUCACUGUCUGCCGCCAGCUCCUCACUCUUAUCGGGACUUCGUCAGCAACAACAGAACCAACAAUCGCUUGCCUUCAAAUCGCCAGCCGAUUUUGUAAGACAUCUUCGACAACAGCAUUGCACCGUGGAGGGAGGUUCAUUCGUAUGUCGUUAUGGCUAUAACGGGGUCUGUGCCUCGCUUCCACUGGACGGCGUUAGCGAUCGGGAUUACGAAAUGCAUGUGCAGCGGUGUCACGUCAACCAGCAGCAGAAAGAAUCGCAAAUCAAGUGGUCCGUCUUCUCGGCGGCCCAGAACCUACCGGCGGUGCUGAACGAUCCUAGCCGUGGCAAGCAGACAACCUUUUUCACCAAAAAAUGGGGAGAUGCUUUUGUCGAUCAGCCAUCGGCUAUUGGGACGGCACCACAGCUGCCGGACAUUAAGUGGGACCAUUUCGAUUUCUACUUGAAACGUAUCGGUAAACGGUACCGUGUGCAUACGCGGAUUUGUAAAACAGCACUACCCAGUGGGUCUAGUCAAAAUCAGCAACAGCCAGCGGUUAGCGAUCGGUUGCCCACUGGUGCGAUAGCGAACUUGAAAGACAUUCCGGAAGUGUUUUUGAAACACAACUUGGAACUGCACAGGCCGGCUUCCUUUGCUGCGGUUUUCCCCGGCAUAAGUUACGACGGCGAGCAGGCAAAACAGUCGAGUAGAAUGCUACAGGAAAAGUUAAGUAAUUACUUGGAUAUCGUUGAGGUGCUGAUAGCGAAACAGGUGGCGGAAAAAUCAUCCGCUUUUUUCCAUGCUAUGACCUCGCAAGACGCUAUCAUGGAGCAGAUGCAGGAAGCGGUACAACACGUGGCGCGGUUGCGAUCCCGCCUGAAGCAGAUUGACGAAAGUAUCGUUCGGGAGUCACUGCAGAUUAUUAGUCUAGAACGGACAAGGUCGAACAACACGUUGGUCCUGGAACGAUUGCGGUUGAUGGCAACUGUCCACCAAACGCAGCCAAUGAUUCAAUUACUGCUCAGCACGCAGGACUAUGUUGCGGCGCUGGAUUUGAUUGGAACGACGCAAGAAAUAUUGAGUCAAGAGCUAAACGGAUUACACUGCUUUCGCCAUCUACCGUCUCAGCUGAGUGAAAUGGAGCGACUAAUUGAUAAGAUGCUUACGACUGACUUUGAGCGCUACUCAACAGCGGACCUAAAUCGUCCUUUAAGCAGUGAAGGGCAGUCUGAACGGGUUUUAGAGGAAGAAAAACUGGUAUGUAUUAUUUCCGGAUUGCUAAGAAAGCGAAGCUUGGAUUUCGUGGACACAUAUAAAGAAGAGGCAAUAACGACGAUUCGUGCGAUCGUCAAACAGAUGGUGAUUGAAGUGUUGGCAUCUGGUGAUGCGGAGGUUUGUCUGACUGGUGCCGGGGAAGAAGCGCAAAGUCUUACGCUUAGCGAGUGGAUUGCUUUGCUGGAAACCGCAACAGUUGCUUUGCUUAAGGUGUUACAAAGAGUCAGAGCAGUGCACGAUGUUAUGCAGCAAACGGCAGAUGCUAGCGCAGGAAAAAUUACGGAUGACGUUAACUUUAUGGACACGGAAGCAUUUCUCAGUUUGGAGGAUUACCAAGUUGUGCAAGCAAAGCUGGCCAAUUUGUUGCACUCGGUGUGUAACUACUGUCACGAACGAUGUGCCAAUCUGGUGUCCAAUCAAAGUUUAGAAAGAAGUACCGUUAGUGCGGAUCAGAUCGCCUCACUGUCGGAAAUAGUUGAUCGUUUUAGUGCUGGUUGUGAACGUAUUUGUGGAGCUCAAAGUGGCUCGUUAAAAUUGGCACUUCGAGUGCAGGGAUCUCGAUUUGCGCAAAAGUUCCAUAUGGAGCGUAAGUCCAAACUAGCCUUGCUUUUGGACAGCGAACGAUGGAAACAAGCCGAAGUACCAGCGGAGUUUCAACAAAUGGUAGAGAAUAUUUCCAAAGGAAAUUUUCAAUGGACGAAAACUUUUGAUUCAAGUGUUUCCUCACCUGCACCACAAUCUGUUCUUUUAGCCGAUGGCAAACCGUACACUUUAGUUGGAGCUGCUCUACUACUCGUACAAAUUGUCAGCGAGUAUUGCCGCUGUGCGUCACAAUUGCCUAUAAUUGCACCCCAACUUGCGCGGAAUGUGAUUGACCUUUUGCGAACUUUCAAUUCUCGCUCAUGCCAGCUUGUUCUAGGGGCUGGAGCGUUGCAUGUGGCAGGUCUGAAGAUAAUUACCAGUGGCAACCUGGCCCUAGUUUCACGUGCUCUUCAAUUUGUGCUGUGGAUUUUACCGCACGUUCGACGACACUUUCAAGCGCUAGAACCGAACGGUACUUCCUCCGGCUCCGGAACCGCUACAUUCAUCAGUGGGUAUGAUUCGGUCGAGCGGGAUUUUGUGUCCCACAUCAAAGAGCUGGAAAACAAGGUUCUGGCGAUCGUUUGCGACGCAGUCAGCGGCCAGCUGGCUAAUUGGGACGCUCGUCCUCCGGUACCGUCGCAACCAUUCCGUAACAUUAGCCGACAGUUUGUGAAACUGCACGAAGCGAUAGCCCCGAUCCUGCCGGACAAACAGAUCGCGACCAUCUAUCGGGUGGUGCACAAAAACUUUAAGGACAAACUUCGGGAGCAGCUGCUUCGGAACAACAUCACGAACAAUGGUGGACCGCAGCACGGUACGGUCGUAUCGGAGUUGACGUUCUACAUGGAAACGUUACGGACGCUCAAGGUCCUGCCGGAGGAAGAGCUGGGCGAAGAAACGUUGGAUGAUAUUUGGUUGAAGUGAGCCGUUACCCGAGAGGUAGGCUUCGCUGCGUUUCUGUGCGCUUUCUGUUGUUUAGUUUAUUUAGUUGUUUUCCUGUGCAAGUACCUCGUAGGUGUAAAAAACAUUAAUCUAUUCUGUGUUUUACUUUGUUAUUAAGUGUAUUUCACUGUUUUCUUUUAACGCGUGCGCAUCGAUUAGUUAACAUUUGGUAGAGGCGCUUUGUACUGUAUUCAGUAAGGUGUAGAUUUCAUAACCUGAAAUGCGACGAUACGUGUGAUCAUGAUUGUUAUUCACCAUUAUUAUUGUGUAUAGUUUUCGAGACUCCCAGAUGUUCACAGAUAAGCCGAACAGUAAUUGAAUAGAAAACAUUUUUCAAUACGUUAAUUGUUUUGACGGAAGCAAUAAAAACAUACCAUUCCCAUUAAGUUCCCGCAGUUUCCGAGAUAGCUGAAAAAACAGUCUUUGUUCAUAAUCAUAAUUUUUGAAUCCAUUUUGUCUUACGAAAUUUGAGCUAACAACCAGCAAUAAUGCGGAAUUUCAAUUUUAGUCGAACACAAAUUUUCAGAAUGGGAGUGAUAUGUUUUUUGUAGAAAAGGUGUUGCAUAGAAGCACUCUUUGCCCGAAACUAGAAAUUUUAAUUAGUCAUUCCUCAUACAGCUUAGCAUAUAUGAAAUUUCCAAACAUAAGGUCUAGGAAGAUCUUGCACGGUAUACUAUAUUUCAAUUUUAGUUGUUUAGAACAUUGAAAUUCAUGCUGCAAAAUCAUGUAAACUUAUUUGCCAAACAUAGCUUGACUGCGAAUGCGCUGGGUAGGACGCAAGUACGCUACAAUCUUAAUGGAUGCAAAGUUGUUUGACAUUGUUCCGUUGUGUUUCGGCGUAACGAUAGUUGGUAAGGAUUGUGUAGAUAUGUUAUAAAUUGGGUUAAGCUGCUGGCCGUUGCUAACUGUUACACCAUGUGCGAUAUAUAAACGAAAAUACACCAACAUAGCUUGAGAAGACAAUAGUUUUAUGUUGGAGCUGUAAAAAGGUUUUCGCACGGAGCAGCAAAUAUAAAUUAUUUUUCGGGUGGGUAGAGGAUGUAGCAAACAUGUUCGUAGAACGCGAUAGGAACUUUAGAGCAAGUUGGCCGUGUUAAUCACAGUACUGCGGAAUUUAUACACACUAGCAUUUUAGUCGACUCAGUCAGUAUCGACGAAGGUGAAAUAUUCGUUCUCUGUCGUCAUUCUUAUGGAUAAGUCACAUUUGAUAAAAGAAAAAAAAAACGGACCAGAUUUGGGUCGUAUGAAAUAUGUAGGGAAAAGAUCUAAACAAAUAUUGUAGAGAACAUAUGGUAACCUAACGGGCAUUAGUUACACUUACAUGAUGAUGGAACUAUUGAAUAUUACGAUUCAAAUGUA